CUCUAAAAGGGAGGCACAAGAAGGAAAGAUUGACCUCCCAGAUGAUGAUCCUCGGCUUGUCCAUAUAAUGGUACAUUAUCUAUACCACUUCAACUAUGACGUACGGCUAUAACACGAGCGUAGUGGUUUUGAUGGGUUAGAAAUGGACGGAUACGGAACCAAUGUCAAUGAACCGGCAGCGGACGCCCUUCUGACUCAUGCAAAAAUUUACGCCUUAGCAGAGAAGUACUUGAUCAGUGGACUGAAGGCUGUCGCGCUUCGACAAUUCAAGGCGGCGGCUACUGUUUCCUUGGAUAUCGAUGAUUUCCUUGGGGCAGCGCUAGUGGUGUACGAAUCCACUAUUGAAGACGACAGAGGCUUAAGAGAUGUCGUCGUGGAAACCCUUUGUAAGCAUUCCGAAUGGCUAGACGAGGAGAAGGUGCGAGAUGUGGUUAAGGAGUUGGGAGCUUUAACGUAUGAUAUGGUUAUAUAUAUGCGCCAAAAGCGUAUGUUCUAAACUAGGUCUUAGGUCAGUUAACACGUUAACGAGAUGGUCCCCGAUGAUGUCUGAGAGAUGAUGCCGCCCAAUCCGGAGAUUGAGGCGCUGGAGGCCAUUGCGAGUUGCUCGGCUUCGGCAGUUACUGUUAUGAGAUGGA